AUCACACGCGAAAAUCAACGCGCCCGUUAAACCCAGCAAAAACGUCCAUUAUCGGGAAUUAACACAUCUCGACUUGCCGUCAAUUUCAGAAGAUGAAACUUUUAUCGAAUUGUUUUUGCUUUUUUCUCGUGAUUGUUUUCAAAGGACUUUCCCUAAUCAGAGCAGACGAAAAUGAAGCGAGACUUAUGCGACACCUGAUGACAAAUUACGAUGCGGCCGUUCGACCCGUAUCUAACUCUUCCUUACCCUUGAGUGUCAUCUUCGGCGUGUCUUUGCACCACAUUAUCGAUGUCGACGAAAAAAACCAAAUUCUAACCACAAACUGCUGGAUAACCCAGAUAUGGGUGGAUCACCAUCUGAAAUGGAACGUUUCCGAUUUCGCUGGGAUUAAAGUGAUCAGGAUCCCGUACAAUCGCGUCUGGAGACCCGAUUUAAUCCUUUACAACAAUGCCGAUCCUCAGUUUCAAUCUUCAGUGAUAAACACGAACGUGAUAGUGUCUAGCAAUGGUGAAGUGGUGUGGCUCAGUCACGGCAUAUAUCGCUCGUCUUGUGACAUCAACGUGGAAUACUUUCCUUUCGACCUCCAGAGUUGUCAACUUAAAUGGGCCUCGUGGACUUACGACGGCUAUCAGGUUGAGCUUGUAAAACAAACCGAAGAAGGAGACGUAAGCAACUAUCAGGCGAAUGGGGAAUUUGAUCUGUUGAGCUUCUCAUCGGAAAAGCACAUUGUGUUCUAUUCCUGCUGUCCUGAGCCUUAUCCUGACAUAACGUACACAAUAAAAUUGCGAAGGAGGCCUCUGUUUUACGUCUUCAAUUUGAUACUGCCCUGCAUACUCAUCAAUGGCAUAGCUCUUUUAGUUUUCUACGUACCAUCAGAGUCGGGAGAAAAAGUAACAUUGGGAAUCAGCGCCCUUUUGUCUAUGACAGUGUUUCUUAUGACAAUCCGUGAGACUUUACCCCCUACCGAAAAAACACCGUUAAUCAGUAUGUACUACGGGGUUAGCAUUUGCUUAGUAUCGUUCGCCUCGGGCCUGUCAGUGGUCACGUUAAAUAUUUAUCAUCGUGGGGUGCGUGGAUCAGCAGUCCCGAAAAUUAUCAGGACCGUUGUUCUCAACAAGUUGGCCCCUUUGGUUUUUAUGAAGUUCAACACACGCAGCAGCAGUACCACCAAUAAUAAACAUCGAAACUCUCAAAUUCAGGGAGAAAAUUCAAUAAAGGAAAUUAAUCCUCAGACAGGCACCAGAUUAGAUUGUCCGUGGCCAUGGUCCGACAAGUUACCUCAAGAGGACGGAUAUUGCUUACAGCAGCGGCAACAGAGAUCUCCCAGGUUUCAGACGAGACAUCGUUCUGCGGAAUUAGAUGCAUUCGAGAACCAAAUUAUCAGGAUCCUGAACAAAGUCCACGCCAGCGUGGACCGUAACGAACAAAGACUCACGGAACAAGAGCAAAGAGAAACUACCGAAUUGGAAUGGAAGCAGGCUUCGAUAGUGCUGGAUCGGUUCCUGCUCGCAGUAUUCCUGCUUAUCACCAUUAUCAGCACCACGACGAUCCUGUGCAGAAGCCCGCAGGACCAGACCUAAUCCAUAGCCCUCCUGAUGUCUGGGACUUGUUAAUUACAUAACUUAGAGCUGUAUAAGAGAAAUCAGAAUUGAUAAUUUGACAUUAUUGAGCUAGAAGUUUAGUUCUCUUUUUAUAAUAUAAUAUUAUAAUGAAUAAUUGUCAAUUAUACCUAAAUAGUGUUACAAAAAUUAAAUAUUUUAAUGGGGAUAUUUG